AUGAUGACGUCAUUGGCCCGUGAUGCCGGUGGCACAGUGCUGUGGGAACCCCCAGUGUCGUGGUGGAUUAAAUGGGUGUUCAUUCUGCAUGUUGUGAGCACAUUGACUUCAGCGGCUGCUCCGUCGCAGCUACCAUUCUCUUUCACUUACCCCAUGUAUAAUGCUACGAUACCCGAAAACUCGGUGGGAAAGACUUAUAUAAUGUCUUCCCGUAAAAUGGGCAUUUAUGUCCAUGACAAAUCGCUCGACGUGUCCUAUUCGAUCGCAAAGCGGGACGACGACUUGAUAUUCAAAUUAGAGGAGCUUCGUAUUGAGGAUUUUUGGUUUCUCAGGAUCCGAACUAACACCGGGAUCCUUCCUGGGAAAUUAAAUCGUGAGUUACGAGAUCAUUAUACGCUACAUGUCAAAGCUGUUGGCCAAAAUAUCGCCGGUCUUAUAUUUGAGGCCGAAACUACAGUGUACAUUACAGUUCUCGAUACAAAUGAUCUGAGUCCGAUAUUUUAUAACCCGCGUUACAAUGUGACGAUCAGUGAAGACACGCCCUUGCAUACUAGUAUCAUUCAAGUCAGUGCCUCUGACGCAGAUAUCGGUGUAAAUGCUGAGAUCUAUUACAGCUUUGUGGACAAUACUAACGUUUUUGCCAUCCACCCAACCACCGGCGUGGUAACACUGACUCGCCCUCUUAACUACCAGGAUCAGAGUGAAUAUGAACUUGAAAUUUUGGCUAAUGAUCGCGGACCGAAAACUAGCACGCAGAUUAGCAAAUUGAGAGGUCGAGCUAAACUCACAGUCAGCGUCCAACAGGUGAACCUUUACCCGCCGGAGGUCUAUAUUGAAAAUCUGCCAUCUCUAAUCGAGCACGGCAAUAUUGGGACUGUCUAUGCAAUUGUCCACAUUGAAGAUAAAGACAGCGGCGUCAACGGCGAGAUUAAAAAGCCUCAGAUCAUAAACGGUGACCCUGAUGAAUAUUUUAUGCUGCGUCAAGGUAAAGCUCCGGGUGAAUAUUUGAUUAUCGUCAGGGAAAACUUAGACAGAGAGGACAGCCCCGAUGGUUUCAACUUGACACUAUUUGUCUCGGAUUCUGGUACCCCCGGUUUAAAUACCAGUGUUGUGGUUCCAGUCGAUAUACAGGACAUGAAUGAUAACUCACCAGUUUUUGCCCAGGCCGUUUACGAAGCAAAGAUUGAGGAGAGCGCCCUAAUGAACACGCCGGUUCUAUUCGUGAAUGCAGGAGACGCUGAUUUAGGGAAAAAUGCUAAAGUCCGUUAUUUCAUUUCUGGCGGUAAUGACGAUAAUUAUUUCAAAAUGGACGCAGCUUCCGGUUUAAUAAGCACAGCUUCCGCUCUGGAUGCUGAACAAGUGUCAGAGGUUGAGCUUGAGGUAAGUGCUGAGGACGAAGCUAAUACAGGAACCCGCAAAAGCGGGGCGGCGGUCGUCAGAAUUUCAAUCAAGGACUGCAACGACAAUACCCCGGUCUUUAACAGUACCGAUGAUGUAUUCUAUAUCGAAGAAAAUUCUCCUAUUGGCUCUGAAGUGGGCCAGGUAACUGCCACGGACAUGGACAGCGAUGAGAACGGUUACCUGAGUAUGACAAUCGCCAAUGUAAACCCCGUGCCGUUUGAGAUCGACCCUUUCACCGGGGUCUUAAAAACAACAGGUGAACUUGAUUAUGAAUCAAUGCGUGAAAAGUACAUUUUAAAGAUACGGGCUUCGGAUUGGGGGUCGCCGUUUCGCAGGGAGGCCGAGACACAAGUGACUAUACGACUUCGAGAUCUGAACGAUAAUAAGCCCAAGUUCGAGCACUCGUCCUGUGUCCUGUACGUCUCCAUUGAAGCUGUCCAGAACACGGAGUUGUUGGUCGUGUCGGCCAUCGACUUUGACCUCACGAAUAUUGUUACUUAUAACAUAACGGAGGGCAAUGACGAUAACCGCUUCGUCAUCAAUCCCGAGGGAGGAGACCUGCAGUUGAACGUGCCGGCUAACGAACUGCGAAACGAAAAGGUGAUUCUUACAGUAACUGCCAGCGAUGGCGUUCACUCUGCCGAUCCUAUGUUUAUAACUGUCAUCGUGGUCGAUAAAGGCCACAGUUACAAUAAACUUACCGAUAACCUUAUCACACGGAGCUGUACGGAAACAAAUGCUACAAAGGUCCUCGAAGAGAUGCUACUCAAAAAGCAAAAAGACAGUCUAGAAAACCGGGAUCUUAUGUCGGAAAUUCCAGAUCAGUAUUUGCACAAUGAGCAUGCACCAGUUUUCAAUAACAUGCCGGAAAACGUUAGCGUGGACGAAGACAGUCCAAUCGGAUUCAGUGUUUUAAAACUACCCGUCGAGGAUCAAGAUCCUGGAUAUAAUGGUAAAUUAGUGUAUGUCAUCUCAGAAGGUAAUAGCCAGGGAUUCUUUUCAGUCAGCAAUGAAGGUGUGCUUUAUGUUCUGUCAAAACUUGACCGGGAAAAACAAGAUCGACACGAACUGGUUAUUCUGGCCGCAGACCUCGGCUCACCAAAUAAAUCGACAACAAAGAAUCUCUCUGUGAUUGUCUUGGACAAAAACGACUGCUCACCAAAAUUUGAAAGGAAUCAUUAUACUAUGAAUGUGUCGGAGAAUGUAAAUAUCAAUGCGACUAUUACACAAGUAUAUGCGACAGAUGAUGACGAGGAUAAAAAUGCACAAAUCACCUACUCCAUCAUUUCAGACACCGAAGAAUUCAAGGUGGAUCACCAAACUGGAAUAAUCCGAGUAAAUGGGUUGCUCGAUCGUGAACGACAAGAAAUAUAUAAUAUUCUAAUCCAAGCAAAGGACGGGGGCAUAGACCCCUCGUUGUCGUCUACGACGACCGUCACGAUCAUUGUCACAGACAUCAAUGAUAAUCUUCCAAAAUUCUCACCGGAGGUUUACGACAUCAAAAUCAGGGAGGAUCUUCCAGUGGGCGCCGUUGUCACCAUGCUCACGGCUUACGACCCUGAUGUAGGAGACGGCGGGAAAGUAAAGUACAGUCUUAUUUACGGCACCGACGGCAAAUUUGAAAUUGACGAAGAAACGGGGACUGUUAGGAUUGCCGAGAAAUUAGACUUUGAACGGAAACAGGUGUACAACAUUACGGCGCAAGCGGAGGACCAAGGCGACUCACCAUUGUUAUCGUCUUGCUUCAUCAACAUCGAAGUAGUUGACGUCAAUGAGAAUCUGCACCCGCCAACAUUUGAGAACUUUGUGGCGAUUGGAUAUGUUAGAGAGGAUGAACUAAUAGGGACUGGCUUUAUGCAGGUGUCAGCGACUGAUAUUGAAGCACUGGACAAUGAUACAAUGCCUGUCAUGUAUUCCAUUCGGGAUGGAUCAGGACUUGGACGUUUUACCAUUGACAAUAACGGUAAGUGA